UCGUUCCAAUGAUAGAAUAGCCUCGAGGGGAAAAAUAAAAUCUCGACCAGCUGAAAACAGUGUUAUUUUAGUCUGGGUAUUGUUGGAAGCUGCGACACUCCUUGGUCGCACUCUCUGUUUUUCCUGCACAACCAUUUCUGAACCACUCGAGCUUUAAUACCAGCCUUUCAGGUUUGUUCUUUCCUAUGCUUCUUCAAUCGCAGUUACAAUUUUCAUCUCAACUAAAGACAACCAAAAGCGUAACUUCUUAUCCAGCCAGCUCAGGUGAAUAGUUUUAGCGGCUGGUUAUAUUGGAUAUGAGACGACACAAAUUCUGAAACUUUUUAUGGGUGAUAGAUUUUUAUAGUCUGGAUUCUGGAACCCACUUGGGUGCUGCGCUGAUUGAAUUCGACAUUUUUUUUUUCUUUUGGGUUGGGGAAAAUGUUUAUCUUACAGGGUUUCGUUAUGCCAAAAUCAUUCUCGCCGCUUCGUGUUUCUUUCUCUGGACCCAUGUCGCCAUUUUUAAGAAAUCGUAGUUCCACUCUUAAAUCUCCUAGUUAUGUUGCCGUUUCAAGAAAAUCUGACUCAAAUCCUGACCCUGAAUCUGGCUCUGUGCCUAGAAGUAAACAGGAAACUAGAAGGAUCAAACAAAAAACAGAACUUUCUGAGGGCAAAAAUGAAAGUCCUGACACCGAAAGAAUCUUCCCAACCACUACUCCAAGAAAGCCAAGGCGGGGUCGUGAGAGUGAAGCGGCUGCAGUCGAAGAUUUUGUGCGGGACAGGCUUGAGCGUACCUUUGCAUCUAUUAGACAGCAGAACUCUGAAGUUUUGGAGAAUAAGGAUAAUGUUUUGAGAGAAAGAGUUGUUGAGGAUGUAGAUUUGGAAACCAGUGAUGAUGAAAAUUAUGAUGAUGAUGAUGAGGAGGAGGAGGAGGAGGAGGCGGAGGGGGAUGUUGGUAGAAGGAGAAAGAAAAAGAAGAUGGUGGUUGAGGAAGAUGAUCCAAAUUGGCCAUUAGAUGCUGAUGUUGGGUGGGGAAUUAGAGCUUCUGAGUAUUUUGAGCAGCAUCCUAUCAAGAAUGUUGUGGGGGAUGAUGGUUUUGAGAUUGACUGGGAAGGAGAACUUGAUGAUAGCUGGGUGAAGGAGAUCAACUGUCUGGAGUGGGAGAGCUUUGCUUUCCAUCCAAGCCCUCUGAUGGUUCUUGUUUUUGAGAGAUACAAUAGGGCAACUGAUAACUGGAAGACUUUAAAAGAGCUGGAGAAGGCAAUCAAAGUAUAUUGGAGUGCCAAAGAUCGACUACCUCCUCGGGCAGUUAAGAUAGACAUCAAUAUCGAGAGAGAUUUGGCAUAUGCUCUUAAAGUUAAGGACUGCCCUCAAAUUUUAUUUUUACUAGGAAACGUGGUCAUGUACCGAGAGAAAGAGUUUCGCACAGCAGAUGAGUUGGUCCAAAUGAUCGCACAUUUCUACUACAAAGCAAAGAGGCCUUCAUGGAUCAACAAAGAUGCCAUAUGUCGUUAUUAGUGUAAAUCUAGUAUCCAAUCUAAAUUCUCUUCAAGUUCCUUGGCAUGCAUUAGCGAGGUGUGGUUUACGAUUAAGAGUAACUUGAUUUGGCAGACUGUAGCUGUUAGACUGAAGACCAGCCGGACAUAUCUAGUGUUGCUUUGCUGCAGAAUCCAAAGCACUCCGAAAUGGUGCUAUAUUGAAUUGAGUUAGGCUCUUAGGGGUCACUCUUGUUCAGAAGCUUCAAUGUGCAAAACCAAAGAUUAAAGGCAAAAGAAAUAUUUAGGGACAUCUUUAGGACCAAACGCUAAUGUAUUUUCCUGCAAAAAAUCAGUUCUGCUUAGGAAUGAUUGUGGAUCUUGAACGAUUCUGAUGUCUUAGUCCAAUAUUGUAUGCAAAUUUGUCCAAUCUUGGUUAGAUAAUUGUAGUGUUAAUAUUCCAA